AUGGAUGCAAAGGCCCUUCGUCAACUGAACAAUGUCUGGACUGUCAAGUACUUUGCCAUAGCUAUCGGUGCUAUAAUGGCGGUCUUUACCAUCUCACACUGGUGCAAGCUUCUCUUGUCCAGCUCACGCCUGACGAAGAGGGCUCCGCUCUAUAAGAGGUUGUCUCAGUGUCGCCGAUUAGAUUCAAUCAUUUGGGUUUCCAAACGACUCGGCUGGAUUUCCGUGGCCAACUUUACUUUAUUGGUAUUUCUUGCCCUAAGGAACACGCCUCUUGCGCUACUGUCAGGACGCUCUUAUGAGAAGCUCCGUCCACUCCACAAAACAGCCGGAUAUACCUGCAUCGCCACAAGUUUAAUUCAUGCAAUUGUCUACUUGAACGCUUGGGCGCAAAUCGAUCACUUGCACGAGAUGCGAGAAACGGAAAACCUCGCUGGAGCCAUCGCCGGUUUGGCCAUGGUCAUCAUCGGUCUUUCUACCAUCAGCUGGGUGAUGCGUCGAUACUACGAAUUGUUCUACGUCAUCCAUCUUAUCAUGUUCUUACUGAUUAUCAUCCUCGUCGGUAUGCAUCGACCGAACUUUGCCAAAUCCACAGUCAUCAUCGUCAUUUUCACAGCAUGCAUUUGGGGUGCAGACCGUCUCCUUCGACUGGUCAAACUGUGCUGGAAUUUCCCUGGUAACUAUGCAACACUCACUCCAAUGACCGACGGUGCGGUCCGAGUCAAGCUCCACCGCUCUCUGCGGUGCACACCAGGCUCCCACGCCUUCUUGUGGAUGCCUUCUCUCCGCUUCUUCGAAUCCCAUCCUUUCACCUUGGUCUCGAACAGUCCCGUCGAGUUUUUGAUCCGGGAAUACGAUGGCUAUACACAUGAUCUCGUCAACUUGGCACGGCAGCAACCCGGUGUUCGGCUGCGGUGCUCGGUCGAUGGAGGAUAUGGACAAAUUCCGGAUUACACGAAAUUUGACCAUGUCGUUCUUGUUGCGGGUGGAAGCGGUGCGAGUUUCACUUUUGCCCUCGCACUGGCUAUUUUGAAAGAACACUCCACGAGAACUAUUGAUUUUAUCUGGUCUGUUAAACGCACUGACUCUCUGAAGUGGUUUGAGAACGAACUCCAGCAGCUUCAAGAAAGCUCCUCGGUCAAUCUACAUAUCCAUGUGUCAAGAGACGCUGUGUCCUCCGAGGAUGACAGCUCCAGUUUGGACUUGGCACAAGCAACACCGGAUGUGGAGAAGGGAAAUGAGAAGACAGGGUGUCAGACCGUCUCCGUCGCAGCUCGCCAUAAGGGCAGACCCGACAUUGGUAAUUUGCUCGCUAGUUGUGUGGCACAAUGUAGCCCAGAGGCCAGAAUCGGCGUUGCUGCGUGCGGUCCCAGUCAAAUGGUCUCGGCAACUCGUGCCGCGGUCUACAAACGGGCAUACGAUGUUGGUCCGUCAAUCACUUUACAUACUGAGGAAUUUGGCUGGUGA